AUGAAACUACUUCAUCUUCUGCCACUGGUAGUCUUCGUCGUUGGUGUUGGAGCUGGAAAGAUUUCGGAACAAGAGAAUGAACAAACUCAACUGAUUUGUGGAAAAAAAGCCGAUGGCUACAGUCGAAAAGUGAUCAACGGAGAGUAUGUGAAGAAAGGUGAACAUCCAUGGGCGGUUUCUGUCUACACGAGAUACUACGAUGAGAAGAACGAGUCCCAGUUUAUUUACGGGCCCGGAACCAUGAUUUCUUCUCGUCACAUCAUCAAAUUCAACUCCCUCUUCUAUUCUACUAAAAAUCUGAACCUCAGCGGACGGGAGUAUACUGGAUACAAAGGAAUAUGCGAAGGAGAUAAUCUUAUUGUGCCACAGGAGCUCCUCUCCAGAUUUGACGUCGAUUUGGAGUAUCUGAACGAUAUGAAUGGGAAUCGCGAGUUCCGUAACACGAUUGCAAAAGUCACAGUGAUCAACGGAUGCAAGCAGCUUCUUGCGUCCAAUCCGAUGAUUCUUGAAUUGGUUGCUCCACUGGAAAACAGUACUGUACCAGUGUGUAUCUCGAACUCUGCUCGCAACUGGGAACGUGUUAGUGGGUUUUCGGUUUACGGAUUGAACAUAACAGGACGAUUGGUCAGUGGACGGUUCAGGCCAAUUGAGUGCUCGGCUUCGGCUCCCUUCUCAUGUGCUGAGGCUUCGAACAAGUCUUCUCAAGGAUUAUGUACUGGAGAUUAUGGUGGUAGUGCCAUCACUAAAAUCAAUCAUCGCCACGUCAUGCUUGGAUUCUACGCCAGCGGAAAUUACGAAUGCCAAGGAAACACCGAAACAAUGGAUCCAUUCAAAUUCGUUAACCUUGGACACUAUCGUAAGGAAAUCUGUGAAACUACUGGAGUCUGUGUGCCACCACCUGAAGAGGACGUCACUCCAGGACCACGAACAGAAGCCCCAUCGACUACAGCUGCUCCAGAAGAAGACACCACUGCACACUAUUCCGUCAACGGAGAAGAGAUCAAGGCCGAAACUUUCGCUCCGUUGAUUAUCUCAAACAGUUCUACGGAAGGAGACAUCAUCAACGGCGAUGGUGGAGAGGUCAUCAAGGCGGAGACGUUCGAGCCAAUGGAGAUUGAUCAUCGUGGAUCAACCAGAGCUGAUCGCAUCCGAGACAUCCAUAUCCAUAUUCAUUUGACCAAGUGA